CAGACAAGGGACCCCUUUGAAGCCCUCCAAGGAAGCCUAGGAAAAAAAUAUGCAAGUACUUUAUUUUCUGGUCAGCUGAGUUUGAGACAUUCCUCCCCCCAGGUAAUGCCACCUUCAAGCCUCCAUACUGUCGUCAAAUUAUUAAUUCCAUUACCUGAAGCUAUCGUGAGCGCCCCUUAUAUCACCUAUCCAAGAUAACAAGAGAGUGUCAUGGUUUCCUUAUAAGGUUUUUAUAUCAAGCUUUGAGUGGUUGCACUCUCUUUGUUUGAUAUUCAUUGUAAACCAGGGGGUAUUUAGGCGUCAAUUUAUUCUGCCUUCUCCAAGCGAUCAAAACAAUAAAUUUUCAGCUUGACCUAGGGAAUUGUGUUUUUAAAAAAAUCCAUUAUCGUGACCGACUUUGUUCUUUUGUUAUUGUCGCGUGAAAGAGUCCACUUUGAUCUCUCGAUAAUUGCGACGGCAGUCGACUAACGUAUUCACUACAUGAUGUUCUUGAAAAGUGAAGAGAUUGAUGAAUAUCAUACGUGUUUUCAACAGCCAAGAGAUACCAAUGAAGCGGUAUUGAGUGCAAAACCUUCGGUGAUUUAGGGAACUAAAAUUUCACAAGAUGAAAAUUUUAAAACUUGGAAUGGGUUUAGACACGUCUCUCUUCAACAGAAAAAAAAUUGCAUUGAUUACGAGAGGUCAACAGAAAUGGUUGGCAAAGGAAGUUAAUUCUUUCAACAGUCACUGAAAAACAACAUGAGGAAUUUGUAUGCUGACGUGAGAACUUAGAGUUAGCAAAUAUCACAUUCUUUCAACUACUGGAGUAAGAGGAGCAAGGGAUUACUUCGAAGAGAAUAUACCUUUUGAUCAAAGCUCGUCAUAGAGGUAUCACGUAAGUUUAGCAGUCAAGCCAACAUAAAUAUGAUUUUGGUAAAAUCGGAAAACUUUCGUGCUAUCACAUGUGACAAGUCAUCCAAAUUUUAGCGGGAACUUCACGACUCCCGUAUUAAAACAAACCCUGCACUUUACGAAAUUGCGAAAUACUGAAUCAGUUUAGCAAUCUUCCUUCAAUCCGACGAGGUAUUAUGAAAUUUUAAAGUCUUCUUUCGCGUGCUGAUGUCAAAGGGCAAGGGAUUUGUUGACAAAAUGCCCAACUUAUACAGAGUAUUUUUUACAGCUCCCGUCUCAUUUCACAAAUACAGAAGGUCUAAAUCCCCAGGGAUAUAUAAAUCGUGGGACGGUUGAUCUAUUUGCCGAGUGUUGAAACGUUUAUUUCCUGUUGAAGAUUACAAUUGCCACGUGCAGUAUUCAUACGGAAUAUAACGAAACACUAAGAAGAGUAGUUGUUUAGUUCAGCCAGCUAUAUUACUCUACCUUGCGGUCGCAACACACUCCCAGCUCAAGUUUACUUUUUGGUGACUUAUGUCAAGAGAAAAAUAAACAACAGUGCGUUUGUUUGUUUACGGGCUUUGCAAAAUACAUGAGGAAUUUGGGCAAACGUGAAAAACAUCAUGCAAAUCCCGUUAUUUUAGCCGUGAAAUUUGAAUUAGACUAUGUCGUCGAAUGAAAUCUUACACUAAAGAACCAAUUAUCUGAAGAAGUGACUUGAUUUUAUAGUGUUAAUGAAAAGAGGCUCACGCCAAUCUGGCGUAAACUCUUCAACAUUCUUUCAUGGCCACGAAUAGUUGGACACGAGACAAAAGCUUGGUAAACCAUUGUAUACAACAACACAGUGGAUUUUCUCACCUCUUAUUCGUUUUUCACACCUAUUGAACGCACAAUGUUGUCAUUUUUCAUUAAGUCAUUCCAAAACAAUACGUGUGCUUGCUUGAACACAGAUCUGGUCAGUGUUAUCUAUGGCUCUGUUUAUAUUUGGAAAAGAAACUUCUAAGCAUUACCCUUUUCACACUGUCCUAAGACACGCUUCGGCAGGAAGGCAAUAACAAAAGAAUCAAAUGCCCCCGAGGUCAAGGAUCACCUAUAAGUAACAAACUUGUGUACUUUUCGAUUUGGUCGCAAAAUUCCACGUUCUUGCGAAUUUGAAGUCUGUGACCAAUCACCACAUCGGAAGUGAAUUGUUUCUGUUAGAUGCUUAUCAUCUUCGAUUCUCGUUGAUAGUUUUCUUAGCCAAUAGGAGGGCUUCAAUAGAGUUAACGACCGCAGGGUAUUUAAACCCGUCAAGACCGACUUAUCAAACCAUAUGCGAUAGCUUUAGGAAGAAGAAACUUUGAAGGCGGAAAAAGCAUUCAAAUUUUUAUUUGCAGCGACAUUCACGCUUCCUACCUGAGAAGAAAGACCUCAGCAAGUAUGAAUUCUGAAUUUCUGUUGGAGGAGUUCAUGGAUGCCAGCGCGUUAGAUUUUACCGAAUUAGAAGAGCAGUAUCCACUAUGCGGAUAUUUACCGGACAACACAGAUGGCCUGGUCGAUCAACAUAUUGACUCGAUGUCUUUAUCAUGCCCUGUUGACGUGUACCUGGAUUAUCUGUUCUCCAAAGGCAUAGUAGACUCUAUGGACGAGCACAUUUACCUGGGAGCGGAUUGCGACGAGGUAGGCGAGUUGAAAGAACAUUUAAUUUCCUCAGUGUUCAAUUCUUACUACAAGCAAACCUUUGGACUUGAAAUGGGUUCAUGUGUUAAAGAUAACCUCGUGUUGUCCGCCAGUUUAUUACUCCCUGACGUCAAUGAUUCAAGCAGUGAUUCUUCCUCUAUGAGCGACUCAAGCAGUGAUAUUAUUUCCGAUAAGUUAGAGGGGUUCGCAACUCGAUAUCAAUGUCCAGGGCCAGAAGGUCAAACAGCGCUGAUGGGCCUCCCGCUUGCCAAACCAGGUGCAGCUAAACAGUCACCCGGACGAGCAGAACGCGCGAGACGUCGAGUAUCCACGCGCGAAUACAAAUGCAACUUCCCCGGCUGCAGCAAAAUGUACACAAAGAGCUCCCAUCUUAAAGCGCACAUACGUCGCCAUACCGGAGAAAAACCGUUCGCUUGUACGUGGAAAGGGUGUAAUUGGAGGUUCUCAAGAUCGGAUGAGCUGGCUCGCCAUAAGAGAUCCCACAGCGGGAUAAAACCAUUCAUAUGCGACUUAUGCGACAAGAAGUUCUCCCGCUCGGAUCACUUGGCUAAACACAGGAAAACUCACUAUCGCACAAGGAAAAACUCUUCGUUUGUUGUAAAAAUGUAA